AACAACGCGAUUUCUCUUGCCACGCGCCAUCUUCACAUCCUUUGUCCUCGCCAUCCAUCGUCAUCACACCGAACAUACAUACAGAGACCAACAUCUACCAUGAGUGUGCAGACCACGCCGAGCAAGAAGGCGACCUCAGCCCUUGAAGCAUUCAAGAUGGAGUCCCCGAUCAAGAAAGUGCAGUUCUCCGAGGCCGACAAGGAGAACCGCGAGGCACAAUACGCAUCCGACCAAGUCGCGGUUCCAGUGAAAGGCAUUCCAGAUGACCUGCCUGAGCCAAUAGCGAAGAAGGUCGAGGCAGAGACGAUAAAGGAGGACGAUGAAGAGGUGGAGCCUUUGCUGGCGGAGAACCCACAACGAUUCGUGUUGUUCCCCAUCAAGUACCACGAGAUCUGGAACAUGUACAAGAAGGCCGAAGCAUCAUUCUGGACCGCCGAAGAGAUUGAUCUAUCAAAGGAUCUGCAUGACUGGAACAAGCGCCUCACCGACGACGAGCGUUUCUUCAUCUCACAUGUUCUUGCCUUCUUCGCCGCAUCAGAUGGCAUUGUCAACGAGAACCUGGUGGAACGCUUCAGUGCCGAAGUGACCGUACCCGAAGCGCGAUGCUUCUACGGAUUCCAGAUCAUGAUGGAGAACAUCCACUCCGAGACCUACUCCCUCCUCAUUGACACAUACAUCAGCGAGCCUAAACAACGAACAUACCUGUUCAACGCCAUCGACAACAUCCCUUGCAUCCGCAGAAAGGCUGACUGGGCACUUCGAUGGAUCAGUGACAAGAGCUCGACCUUUGCCAUGCGACUGAUCGCCUUUGCUGCAGUGGAAGGCAUCUUCUUCUCCGGCUCUUUUGCAUCCAUCUUCUGGCUGAAGAAGCGUGGUCUGAUGCCUGGCCUCACCUUCUCCAACGAGCUCAUCUCGCGCGACGAAGGCAUGCACACCGACUUUGCGUGUCUGCUGUUCUCGCACCUGAAGAAGAAGCCAUCCAAGGCUGUUGUACAGAGCAUCAUCGUCGAGGCCGUCGCGAUUGAGCAAGAGUUCUUGACAGACGCCCUCCCCUGCGCACUCCUCGGCAUGAACGCGAAGCUCAUGUGCCAGUACAUCGAGUUUGUGGCCGACCGUCUGCUCCUCGCGCUUGGCAACCAGAAGUUCUACAACGCCACCAACCCAUUCGACUUUAUGGAGAACAUCUCGCUCGGUGGCAAGACCAACUUCUUCGAGAAGCGUGUGGGAGACUACCAAAAGGCUGGUGUCAUGGAGGGCAUCAAGAAGCAACAAGCUAAGAGCGAUGCUGCUACGCCCGGGUUCGAGGCACCUCUGAUGAACGGUGACUUUGCCUUUAACGAGGACUUUUAAAGAGGUGAUGGUAGGGUGUAGUGCAUUGCAAACUGGCGUUUGGGGACAUGGGGAUCACGAUACUCUGAUGGGCAUGGCACGGCAUGGCAUGGCCAGGGGCGUUUGUUAUUAAAAUGAGAGUCAAGAUGUGUACUCUUUUUUGCGACUUUUGUCUCUCGACUCAUGUUCAGGAUAGAGAACAACAACAACAACACCAAGAUAUGACAAGAGGGAAGGAAAAUGAUACCCUGCAGUAGAGAGAAGUUGCACAAUUUACUGUAUUAUCAUAUUAUCAGAACCAA